CAGAGACCAGGGCAGAGUAUUGAAUUCUUACGUCUCUUCCCUUCCCUCCUUUUUUUCUUUCUCCCUCUCUCUUUUACAUUUUCCAAUCUCACGAAACCACUGUCCUACCGGAGCGAUAUAGGCGGCGGAAAACAAGAACAGCCGCUCAAUCAAUGGCGAGCACGCAGGAUAAAGCCAUGGAAGAAUCUCUGUUACUCAAAGACGAUUCAAGAACAGCUCUAACAUGGCCUGUUUUUACACAAGAAGUGAAAAAACUAGGUUACAUAGCAGGACCUAUGGUCGCUGUUAUUCUUUCCCAGUAUCUUCUGCAAGUUAUUUCCUUGAUGAUGGUUGGUCACCUCGGUGAACUUGCUCUUUCUAGCACCGCCAUCGCCACCUCUCUUGCUGGUGUUACUGGUUUUAGUUUUCUUUUAGGGAUGGCAAGUGCACUGGAAACUCUAUGUGGACAAGCAUAUGGAGCUAAGCAGUAUAAGAAACUGGGAAUUCAAACUCAAACUGCAAUAUUCUGUUUGAUCCUAGUUUGUAUCCCUCUUUCUAUAAUAUGGACAUUUAUGGGAAAGCUUCUUGUUUCAAUUGGCCAAGACCCCGCAAUUUCACAUGAAGCUGGUAAAUAUAUGAUGUGGCUUGUCCCUUCGCUCUUUGCCUAUGCUGCUCUUCAGCCACUUGUUCGGUAUUUUCAGAUGCAGAGUUUGAUCACUCCUAUGCUGCUAAGUUCUUGUGCCACUCUUUGUUUCCAUAUGCCUCUCUGUUGGGUUUUAACAUUCCAUUCAGGACUAGAAAAUCUUGGAGCAGCAUUAGCAAUGGAUAUAUCAAUCUGGUUGAAUGUAAUAUUUCUUGGGUUAUACAUGAGUUACUCUUCAGCCUGUGCUAAAACUCGGGCCCCAAUUUCUGUGGAGUUAUUUCAUGGGAUUGGAGAAUUCUUCCGCUUUGCUAUCUUUUCUGCAGUAAUGAUCUGUCUCGAAUGGUGGUCAUUUGAGUUGCUUGUCUUGCUCUCGGGGCUUUUACCAAAUCCCCAGCUUGAAACUUCUGUACUGUCCGUCUGUCUCCAAACUAUUUCUACACUCUAUUCAAUACCAUAUGGAUUUGGUGCUGCAGUAAGCACAAGAGUUUCAAAUGAAUUAGGAGCAGGAAAACCCCAGGCUGCACGCAUUGCUGUCUUUGCUGUGCUGUUUCUUGCAGUUGUGGAGACAGCUAUAGUAAGCAGUGCCCUCUUCGCCUGCCGCCACGUUUUUGGUUACCUUUUCAGCAACGAAAAGGAAGUAGUGGAUUGUGUUACAACCAUGUCUCCUCUGGUUGCUUUGUCAGUUAUAAUGGACAGCUUACAGGGGGUGCUUUCAGGGGUUGCAAGGGGGUGUGGAUGGCAGCAUAUAGGGGCUUAUGUCAACCUCGGGGCCUUCUAUCUUUGCGGGAUUCCGGUUGCUGCCGUUUUGGGUUUCUGGCUAAAGUUAAGAGGCAUGGGUCUCUGGAUUGGUAUACAAGUUGGUGCCUUUACGCAAACAGUUCUACUCUCUAUAGUUACAAGUCGUGUAAAUUGGGAUAAGCAGGCAAGUGAGGCAAGGGAAAGGAUAUUUGAAGGAAGAUCUUCAGUUGACAAUGGUGUUGAAGAAAACAGAAAAUAGCAGCUCUUUUUGGUCUCAGAGGCUGCACAAGCUAGGUUGCUUGUGCAGACUUUUCAUCCCUGAUCAAGGGAAAAAGGGAGCAUCCUUUCCUGCAAGGCAGGAAAGGUCACUUCUACCUUUUUCCAAAAAACUCAGAAGUAUCCGUUAGAAAGAAGACUCAGAAUCUCAACAUGUAUAUAUUUUCAUCUCAAGUUGUAAUAAACUCAGAAUUCUUGUAACAUAAACAUUCAUUAUUGUUCUAUAAAAAUUCACAUGGUAUCAGA